CGGAGAACGUGUAUAUUUAUAGCAAACGAGCGGAUCUCUUUUCUGAAGUGACAGACUGUAAACAAAGGUCACAACACCGGAAGUACAUUAAGCGAGGGGGCGUGGCUACGGGAACUUGCGAGUGACUGUUACAAAACCAGGAAGCUUAUGCUCAAUCGCACGCGUACUGCCUAUUGGUUAACUCUUAUAAAUAAACAAUAAUUAUUCUCUCUCAUUUUAAUCGGGUGUAUUUAUCAUUCGAUAACAACUGUACAUUUUCAGUGGAGGUAUCUUUAAAGCGUUUCUCUUGAAACAUUGUUCGCUUAUGGCACAGCAAGGUCACAAGGAGCUGAGGUGAGAUUAUUGUACACACGAUUGCAGCCAAAUGGCAGGACUCAUUAACUUUGAAGAUGAGAACGAGGUGAAGCAGUUUCUGGAUAAUUUGGGGGUGGAGUACAGCUUCCAGUGCUACAAGGAGAAUGACUCUGAAGGUUGCCAGAGGUUAGCUGACUACCUGGAAGGAGUGAAAAGAAACUUUGAGGCUUCUGCACAAGUGCUCAAACAAAACUGUGAGAAGAACGGCCAUGCAGAGAGCUGCUACAAGCUGGGUGCUUACCAUGUCACAGGCAAGGGUGGAGUGACGGAGUGUCUAAAAACAGCCUACUCUUGCUUCCUGCGCUCCUGCAAUGCCGGAGGAAAGAAGUCAAUCGACGCCUGUCACAACGUGGCCCUGUUAGCUCACGAUGGACGAGCCAUGGAGGGAGGACCCGACCUCGGUGUGGCUCGGCAGUACUACGAGAAAGCGUGCUCCAGCGGUUUCGCACCCUCCUGCUUCAACCUGAGCGCUAUGUACAUCGAGGGCAAUUCCAAAGGAGUGGCGCCGGACAUGAAGCUGGCGCUGAAGUACGCCGAUCAGGCUUGUGAGCUGGGACAUGUGUGGGGCUGCGCCAAUGCCAGCCGCAUGUACAAGCUCGGGGAUGGGACGGAGAAGGACGAGAAGAAAGCGGAGGCUUUGAAAAAUCGAGCGAGGGAGCUGCAUGGUGUGCAGAAGGAGAGGCAGCUCAAAUUUGGGGAGUGACAAUAUGACAUUUGUUUACACGCUGUUUCAACCCAUGGAAAAUGUGAAGAAAUACUAAAUAUGUUGAUAUUCAUCCACAACAGUCUCUGAUUUGUGUUCCCAAACCACCAAA